CCGUGUCCGCUCCCGGCGGCGGCCAAUCUAAAAGAAGGCAUCGUUUCAGAAACUGAUUCGGCUCAGUUCGUUCACUAAAAAGACUCGUUCUUCUGAACGAAACGUUCGCGAACGUGACACUAACAAGAAGAAGGAGAUGGCGGCAAUGAGGAAGGUCGUCACUCUCGGCCGCCGCGCGCCGGUCACCCUCCGGAAUUCCUUCUGCUCCUGCUCCGGGACCUCGUCGGACGACGACAAGCCAAAGUCAGGCUUCGCCGCCGCCUUUAGCGCUCAGUCGGAGCUCCGUCGCCGCGAAGCCUCGGUCGGUGGUUCGUCGUCGUCGAGCCGCGCAGAGGACGCCACGUUCCCUGCUCUCCUCCGCCACAGCCCGCUCGUCCAGAUGGGCCCCGGCGGAGACAAGACUGUGGUCGGGAGGAUCUUCCACGUCGUCCGCGACGACCUGUACGUCGACUUUGGAGCCAAGUUCCACGCCGUGUGUCGGCGUCCGGCGGACGGGGAGAAGCUGCAGCGGGGCACCAGGGUCCGCCUGAGGCUGCACGACGCCGAGCUCACCGGACGCUUCCUGGGGGCCGACACUGACGUCACCCUGCUGGAGGCCCACGCCACCCUGCUCGGAGCCCUGGACGCCGGAAGAGACGGGCCGAGCCGCUCCUGAGCUCACGGCCGGAGCACAAUGACUUUUUGUUCCCGAUGGCGUAUGUAAUACUUUUGUACAAAUAAAAACAAAACGAUA